AUGGAACAAUUGGGCUUCUCCUACCUCCUCUUUCUCUCCCUCUUCCUCAUAUUCUCCUUCCUCUUACUCAACAUCAUCACAAAAACUAAUGCAUCAACAAACAGAGAGGUCCCUCCAGGUCCAUGGCGUCUCCCCAUCAUCGGUAACCUUCAUCUUCUCAAUCUCAACAAGCUUCAUCACUCCCUCAUUAACCUCUCAAAUAAGCACGGCCCUCUCAUCCUCCUCCACCUCGGCUCCAUCCCCACCCUAGUUGUUUCCUCUCGCGACAUAGCCAAGGAGAUCUUCACUAAUCACGACCUCACCUUCUCCAGCCGCCCUCUCCUCACUGCACCAAACAAGCUUUCAUACAACAGCUCCAGCAUCUCCUUCGCUCCUUACGGCGAUCUCUGGCGCCAAGCUCGCAAGAUCGCCAUGCUCGAGCUUCUCAGCUCUCGUCGUGUUCGAUCUUUUGACUCUGUGCGAAGGGAAGAAGUGGAGAACCUCGUAGCCACUAUCAAAGAUCUCUCCAUAGCUAACUUGAGCGAGUUGACGCUUUCAUUCGUAAAUAAUGUGGUCUGCCGAGCGGCACUCGGCGGUUCUUUUAGAAAAGGAGGAGUAUGGCUUCAUCAGCAACUUUCAGAGACUCAAAGCCUGCUUGGUGGUUUCUGUGUUGCGGAUUUCUUUCCCAGAAUGGAAUGGUUUGAUCGAUUAAGGGGCUUUCAUGGGAGGUUGGAAAAGAAUUUUACAGAGAUGGAUAAGUUUUUAGAUAGAGUUAUCGAUGAGCAUCUUAAAAUGAGCGAAAAGGAAGAAGAGAGUGAUGAGGAGGAGAAGGAUUUGGUGCAUGUUUUGCUAAGGCUCCAUAAAGCUGCAAUCCUUCAUGGUGGUUUUCUGAGCAAUGUAGAUCAUGUCAAGGCCAUCUUAGUUGAAGUAUUUAUAGCGGGAACGGAUACAUCAUCAGCAACAAUAACAUGGACGAUGACACAUCUAAUAAAAAAUCCAAGAGUAAUGAUGAAAUUGCAAGAAGAGCUCAAGCAAGUCACUAAUGGAAACUCUCAUAGACUCAUCCAAGAAAGCGAACUAGAAAAGCUUGAAUACCUCAAACAAGUUAUAAAGGAAUCGCUAAGACUAAAACCUCCUGUCCCACUUAUGGUUCCCCAUGAAACCAUUCAGGCUUGUCAAAUCCAAGGAUACAUGAUCCCCGCUUGUACACGAGUUAUCUUCAAUGUCGCUGCUAUUUCCACGGACCCAAAUGUUUGGGAAAAGCCGCUCGAGUUUUGGCCUGAAAGAUUUGAAGGAAGGGAUGUUGAUUUUAGGGGACAUGAUUUUGAAUUGUUGCCAUUUGGCUCUGGGAGGAGACAGUGCCCAGGGAUCAACUUUGCAAUGGUGAUUAUUGAACUUGCACUAGCGAAUCUCCUUCACUGUUUUAAUUGGUCAAUACCAUAUGGAAUGAAGUCUGAAGAUAUCAAUAUGGAGGAGGCUAUUGGAAUCACAACACAUAAAAGAGACGCGCUUUGCUUGGUUGCUAAAUCUAAGUGGUGAGGAAGAAGCAAAACCUAAUUAUACAUUUAUAUAUGAUCCUAUAUUUUACUAAGAAGUUAGAAGCAUGAAAUUAAAAUAUUAUAUUGUUAUUGUUGUGGCAUAUAGAUUUUGCUACAUGUGUUUCUGAUACAAAUUCUGAUGAGGUCUCAAGUCUUGUGGAAUCUAGAGUAGUUGAGAGGGUGCUUUCA